AUGACUGACGAAAUUGACCGCUUGCGCAGGGAGAUUGCCGAGCGCGAGUCGGAGCUCGCAGACCUCAGAUCGCAGCUCGCCGUCGCAGAGUCUGAGAGGCGUGAGGCAGAUGGCGACGCGCAGACGGCCUACAGAGAUUGGAAAUGGCCCCUUAGAGAGGACGAAUAUGAGCGGUAUAGCCGACAGAUGAUUGUGCCCAACUUUGGACUGCAAGGACAGCUUCGGUUGAGGGAGGCCAAGGUGCUUCUCGUCGGCGCGGGCGGCCUGGGAUGCCCGGCCGCUGCUUAUCUGGCCGGCGCGGGCGUCGGUGUCCUGGGCCUCGUUGAUGGCGACGCCGUCGAGGUGUCCAACCUGCACCGCCAGGUUGCGCACGCGACCAGCCGCGUGGGCAUGCCCAAGGUUGAGAGCGCCAUCACCUACCUCAAAGAGCUCAACCCUACCAUCACGUACCGCGCGCACCCCACGCAUCUCACCCCGCAAAACGCCGCCUCCAUCAUCUCGCAGUAUGAUCUCGUCCUCGACUGCACCGACCACCCGACCUCACGCUACCUCAUCUCCGACGCCUGCGUGCUCCUCCGCAAGCCCCUCGUCUCCGCCUCCGCCUUCCAGGCCUCCGGCCAGCUCCUGCGCCUCAACCACCCCGUCGCCCGCGGCCCGUGCUACCGCUGCGUGUUCCCGCGCCCACCGCCGCCCGAGAGCGUCGUCGGCUGCGGCGAGGGCGGCGUCGUCGGGCCCGUCGUCGGCGCCGUCGGCGUCCUGCAGGCCCUCGACGCCAUCAAGCUCAUCACCCAAGGCGGGCUAGAGGAAGCAGCCGCAGACGCACCGCAGCAGCAGGCGAGCAUGCUCAUCUUCAGCGCCAUGGCGGACACCAUGUUCCGCACGGUGCGGCUGCGCGGCAGGAGGGAGGAUUGCUUCGCGUGCUCCGCCCGCGAGGACGCGCUCACGCUGGAGCAGAUGCAGUCGUCGCUCGACUACGUGCAGUUCUGCGGCGUCGCGGCGCCGGUGCGGCUGCUGCGCCCCGCGGAGCGCGUCCCCGCGGCGGAGUACGCGCGCAUCGCAGCAGACCGCGCCGCCUCGCCGCACCUGCUCAUUGACGUCCGCGAGAAGGAGCACUUUGGGCUGUCCAGCAUCCCCGGCUCCGUCAACGUCCCGAUCAGCCGGUUCAUGCGGCCGCGCGGCGCCGCCGCCGAGGACGAGGACGAGGCGCCGCCGGACUGGAUCCCCGCGGACCUGCCGCACUCAGCGCCGAUCUACGUGGUGUGCCGUGUGGGCAACGACUCGCAGGUCGCGGCGCAGAAGCUCAAGGAGCUGGGGCUGGACCGCAACGGCGAGCGCUUCGUGGGGGACAUUGACGGCGGGCUGCGCGCGUGGCGCAACGACGUGGACCCUACGUUGCCGUUUAUAUAG